GAAAAAUCAAUAGAUAACAUAUGGUUAGAAGCCCCAGAGAUCCAGAAUCGACGAUGAGACAUAGAUAAGAGGUAAAGGCUGCUGGUGUCUGCUUUUUGCUGCUAGUUAAUCAUACGCCGCGUUGGCCACGCGACAAGCAUUCCACUUAAUUGGCCAAGACCCUGAACUUUGAACUGUGUGAGUGACCUCUCUGCUGACUACAAAAUGGCACGCUUCCGAAAGCAGGUGAACCAGCGUAAUAGCAACGAGGAGCUCGCAUCAUUAUUGAAAUCAUCACCAAAUAUUUUGGAGAAUUUCUCCUACGACGAUAUACCAAAGAAACCGCUAAAAAGGAUGGCGACCACGCCCAUUAGCACAAAGAAACCAACGCCACCGAUAUCGCCAAAAUUCUGUGAGACUCUCGAACGUCAUGCCUUUAUGAGGAAUGUGAUCAAUACACCGAAUCAAAUAACCGAGCAUCGUCGCUAUUCCAGUCCCGGGGAGAAGGAGGCUCAUGUUAGACGCAGUUUGGAAGAGAUAUCCAAGGAUAUCAAAGAGAUUGAACAGUUUGUUAGUGCCACUGAGGCGAUUUUUGAACAGGAAAAGGCACAAGAGCAGCAGUUGCAGCUUAAGGAGAGGGAACUGGAGCAAAAGGUGGCUCGUCGGGAUAAGGAGAACAAAACCCCAAGUCCGGUGAAGAAGACCACCUAUAAGAUCAAUGCCUUUAAGGCUCCGGGACGGCGGCAUCGUCCACAUAGUCCGAGAUUCUAUCAUUCGCGUCUAUAUUUUCGUAAUGGACGCAUUGGAUGCGUCGAUUCGGAGCCCAGUCAGAGUAAUAUAGGAGCCACUCAUGCCCUGGUCAAGCAUAUAUUAAAGAAUGAGAAGCCUCUGGUCAGUCCGGAUAGUGUACGUCGUGUCUUAGAACCGGAAUGUUUUGAAAUGACUCCCCUGCCUGGAGCAGUGCCGAUUCAUCAAGGAAAUACAAUAGAACCCCAUGUGGAUCCCAUUGCUGUCCAGAGAGCUGAAGAAUUGGCAGCAGCCACGGGUCAGGUGGUUCUGCCUGAGCUUGAUCAAUGUGAUCCCUGCUCUCAGCCCAUCAUUGAUGAGGACGAAAAGGAUGUGCAGAUCUGUUAUAAUGAAUCGCCUGAGUUGCAAAAUGAAGAUCGCAAUUUGGGGCGACGUUCGCAACGUUCCUCCUCGCUGAAUGAAAGUGAAAUUGUGGCCGUUUUGGAAUCCGAUGUGGAUGCCCAUCGUCCGAGCAGCAGUGCGGGUAGUUUGGAUUCCCAGGGUCAGCAAUUUCUACGUGAUCAAGUGCGUCAUUUGGUGCGUCGUUUUACGGCUCGGGCCAAUAAGGUCAAGUCACGCAUAGAAUUGCCGCCAACACCGUCGAGCAGUAAUGCCAGUUCACCAUCUUUACCGCCACCCACCAAUGGGGCAGUUGCUGGAGGAUCUAUAUUGCACUCCAGCACCAAGAGUUUGCAUCCCUCGCCGGAGAAUAAGAUACGUUUGGUUCCUGCCGGCCAAUCCCCAUCCCAUCAUCGUGGUCGUCUCUUUGAAGCGGAUACACCACGUUCGAAUGUCUGGCUAUGCUCGAGUUUGUGUGGCGCCAACAAUGAUGAACGUACUCUCGAUCCGCAGGGCAAGAUCUAUAUAUCCUGGUUAUGUGUUGUCUCUGUGUCGUUUCUCUACAAUGCCUGGGUCAUUCCGUUGCGUGCUUCGUUUCCAUUUCAAACUAAAGAGAAUACGAAUAUCUGGUUGGCUUGCGAUUUCUGUGCGGAUAUAAUUUAUCUCCUGGAUGUGGUCUUCUUUAAACAUCGUGUUAUGUAUCUUUUCGAGGGAUUUUGGGUCAAAAACAAAAAUCUAACGCGGAAGAAUUAUAUGCGAAAACUGCAAUUUAAGCUGGAUCUCUUGGCCCUACUUCCUCUAGAGCUAUUUUAUCUAAAACUUGGGACCAAUGCGGUUUGGCUACGUUUUCCACGUUUCUUUAAGAUACAAAGCUUCUGGGAAGUAUUUCGUCUAUUGGAUCGUGUCAUAUCUUCGCCGCAUUUUGUGCGAGUGGCCAAAACCCUUACCUAUAUGCUCUAUAUGAUUCACAUAACCGCCGCCUUGUACUAUGCCUAUAGUGAUUAUCAGGGCUUGGGUCAGAAUCGUUGGGUCUUUAGUGGCAAAGGGCAUCCCUAUGUGAGAUGCUUUGCUUUUGCCACCAAAACGGCAACUUCUAUAGGUAAAAACCCCAAACCGGAACGUCAGGGGGAAUAUGUCUUCAUGACAGUGGCCUGGUUAAUGGGUGUCUUUGUUUUCGCCUUGCUGAUCGGUCAAAUAAGAGAUAUUAUAUCGACGGCCACGAGAAAUAAACACGAAUAUCGUCAAUUAGAAGAUGAGACUUUGGAGUACAUGCGACGCUUGAAUCUCUCGCAAGAGGUUCAAUCGAGGGUCAAAAUGUGGUUUCAAUUCACCUGGGAGCAGCAGAGAACUUUAGAUGAAUCUAAUAUAUUGGAUGCCUUACCCAUUAAUCUAAAGACCGAUAUAGCCAUCUCUGUGCAUAUUCAAACCCUAUCGAAGGUGCAACUUUUUGCUGAUUGUGAGGAGGCUUUGCUCCGAGAUUUGGUCUUGAAAUUACGUGCCGUAACCUUUUUGCCCGGCGAUUUUGUAUGCCAAAAGGGUGAAGUGGGUCGUGAAAUGUAUAUUGUUAAACUGGGUCAAGUCCAGGUGAUGGGUGGACCCAAUAGUGAUGUUGUCUUGGCCACUCUCACCGAGGGAUCCGUCUUCGGAGAGAUCAGUUUACUGGGCAUCAAUGGAGCCGAUCGUCGCACUGCUGAUGUCCGCUCCAAGGGCUAUUCGAAUUUGUUUGUGCUCUCGAAAUCGGAUUUAAAUGAGGUUAUUGCAUACUAUCCCAAUGCCCAGGCCAUAUUGAAGAAACGGGCCCGCCAAUUGAUGCGUAAGAAUGCGGCUCGGGAGCGUGAGGAGGAACGUGAAAGAGUUCGCAGUGCUUUGCAGGCAGAUGUGGUCAUUGGUAAUCCGAAGACACCAGAAUCGGCACCAAAACUACUCCAAACAGUUAUCCAAGCUCUGCCGUAUGAGUCACCUGCAGUGGUUCUUAUUACACGGGGAUCCAAACGUCUUCGUCGUAAACGUCAAUCUCUGCAAAUGGAGACUAUUGUGGAACCCUGCAUGGAUGUCAAUGGAGCAGCCGAAUGUGAACAGGACGAGCAACAGAAUAUUCGGGAUAGUUUCCAUAUGAAACCUGGACGUGGUUCACCCGAUCUUCUAUCCUCUAUACAACAGGAAUUAAAAUCCAAGCACAAAUUCAUUAAUCUCACCGAUUCGGAAAAGGCUCUGAUUCACAUUAAUCAGUCGACAAAUAAUUCCAUGGAAUCUGUCCAAGAGGAUGUCUAAGAUAUCGCCAGAGUUUUAUGCAAAGUAUAUAUAAACCAAAUAUAAAUAUAAUAAAUGUCAAUAAGC